CGGUUGCAUAUGAAGUUGUCGGCAUUCAGGCGCUACUUUUACCGAAAUCUCAGUCUCGACCUACAUCACGUGCCUUUUCGUGAACAUGAUCGAUUCCAGUUCGUUUUGAGUCCUUAGAUUGAUAAAAAUUGACCACAAUAUGACUGUCAACCAAGUAGCAGCCGGUACCACUUUCAUAGCAGGAGCGGCAGUUCUAGCAUACUUAGGAAUCCAGUUUUACCAAAAGAAGAAGCGAGACAUUAUACCAUGGAAAUGGGAGGAGAUAGGAACCUUAACACAUUUAUAUUUUUAUCCUUUGAAGAGCGGUCAUCGCAUAGAACUGAAUAAGGGAGAAUGUACUGAGUUUGGGAUAAAACAAAGUGUGGAGGAUGAAAAAGUUCUGCAGUUGGGAGAUAGAUGUCUGGUUGUUUACUCUGAAAAAGACAACGAAUUUAGAACUGCUAGAACUUAUCCAAAACUAUUUUUGAUAGAUGUCGCAGUUCACGAUGAAAAUCACUUAGCCAUAGACGCCCCUACCAUGAGGACAUUGUACGUUAAGGUGCCCAAUAAGGAAUCAAACAAAGAACUGAAAAUAAAAUUACAUCGAGGAGAGGAAGUGAACUCCAUUGAUUGCGGAGAUGAGGCAGCAUCGUGGUUUUCAAGAUAUAUUUUAGAAAAAGGCAAUGGCUUGCGCCUAGGAUAUCACGAUGCUAAUCCGAUUCACAGAAGAGAUGUUACAUCUGUGCCUAAGACCCUUUUGGACUAUUAUAAAAAUUAUACCAAAUUUUCUACUGGUCUAUAUUCUGACCAAGUAAGUGUGAAUCUCAUCAGCCAACCCUCAGUCAAAGAUCUUCAACAAAGAAUCACUACCGAUACCAUUACUGUUAACCACUUUAGACCGAACCUUGUGGUUGACGGUCCUGGACUCAAACCAUACGAUGAGGACGAUUGGGAAUGGAUCAAGGUGGGAGAUGUCAUUUUGAGAACUGUCAGAGAUUGUACAAGAUGUAUGGUACCGACUAUUAAUCCAGAAAAUGGUAUAAGAAAUCAAAGUAGGGAGCCUCUAAAGGAAUUGGAGAAAUAUAGAGUCAGUAAUGGUCCACAAAAACUUCCAGUAAUGGGUCUUCAAUUAGAGGUUCGAAAAACUGGCAAUUUGAAUGUUGGAGAAAAAGUGUUUGUUGCCAGAAGACAAUAAUUUUAACAAAUGCUUAAAUAGUUUCCU